AUUACGAAACAUCAUUUGUUCUCAAAUAGAUAUAUUAAUUAUCUAUGAAAUUAUUGAAAUUGUUUAUAUAGUACUUUAAAAUAAAAUAAAAAAAAAUUUAUUACAUAAUAUUUUCAAUUUACUUAGGUUGGAGAUGAAAUAAUUAAUAUCGUGAGAAAUUAAUUAGAGUAAAAUAUUAAAAUUUAAAACUCUUAGAAAAAUGUAUCAGUUUUUUAGAUCUUCUUCAACUAUAUAAAAGUGAAAUAAAAGUCAAAAGAGGCAAUAUAAAUCAUUACAUUUUCCUUAUUUUUGUUUUAUUUAAUAAUUCUAUGUUUACUAAAAUCCAUUAGUGGUCUUUCAACUUGAACCAACAAAUUUUAAUAAAAUUUACAAUAUAAUCUUAAAUUUAAUAUAUGUAUAUAUUUUAAAAAGCUAUAUAAAGUUAAAGCAUAUUGAAAUAUUAAAUAAUUUUUAUUGUAAACUCACUCGCCCGAAGGGCGGGCCAACACCUAGUAUAUAUAUAUAUUAAACAUUACGAUAAUAUUUUAUAACAAAAAACAAUACGAUCAUAUUUAAAACAUAUUGAACGUGAUACACGAUUCAAACGGCAACAUAUUGAAACUUACAUAUAUUAUAUGUAUAUACAUACACCCAUAAUUUGCAACUAUUCUGGAAUCUGAACCAGAAUCUCCUAAUUCAUUGUACCACUCGGUAGAUGGGAGUCUAUCUGCAUGUUAAAUUAUCCUAAAGAGCAACAACUAACAAACUAAAAAGGUAUUAAAGAAGAGAUAUUUUCCUCACGUUAAAUUCUUUUAAAGUAACAAGUAACAACUAAGAAAUUAUUAAAGAAAACAUAUAUUAGCCUCACGUUAAACUCUUUUAAUAUAAAACUAACAAGUAACAAAACCUCUGUUUUUGUAUUCUACCUGAUCUUUGCUCUGUUUCAACCUCGUAACCUUGCUCCACCGUACCGGGGUGUAUGGUUUCUGAUUCCCUUCGGGGUUGGUAUUUUAAUGCAAAAAAAAAAUACUGAGAAAUUAUUAAAGAACAUAUAUUUUCCUCUCUUUUCAGUGUUUUCACCCCACUCUCCAGAUUCUCCACCAUUAAAGUUUAUCGCGUGUAUAUAUAUAAGAGGACAAAGAGCUUUCAUACACAAGCUCAAGUUAUAUAGAUUGAUAGAAAUAUAUACUCUUACUAAUACCAACUUAUAUCUUUGGUAAAUACACUAUUUCACAUAACAUAAUAAUGUUAUAAAAAGAACAAUUUGUGUCUUUGUUCUGAGUUCGUUGGCUUGCUUACAUACAAAGUACUGAUGGGAAUAACUGGGAUCGCCAAAGUACCAAUGCUGCUGUUAAGGAGUUGGAGGCAAGUUCAAGGACUUGCAGGGAUAAGCAGCAAAGCUGCAAAACAAAAGCCUAUGUUCAUCGACUACUCUGAGGAUAUUUCCGAUCAUAGUGUAGAGAUCAACUGUGGUGGCGAAGUGGAGUGGGUCCCACACCCACGUACCGGAAUUUUCUUUCCGCCGGGACAAGAGUCGGUGAUGGAUGGUGUCCCUGACGAUGCUGCUUCUUUUGACAUGACGUUUUGGCUUAGGGACGUCGACGGUGUGGACAAACCUGAUCCUGACCAUCAUUUUCCUAAAUGAAACAAAAAAAAAGUAUAACAAUAACUGAGUGACUUAAUAACCAUAUAAAGACUAUAUAUGUAGCUAUAGCAAAAUAAUCCCGAGGAAUAGUGUGUAACACACGUUUGAUUAUGACAAUCUUCAUAUAAUGUAUGCUGGUUCAAUAGCAAUACUUAAAUUAAUUAAUA